UCUUCACUAGUUCAUGUAAUCCACGGUUACUGGUUUCUUGACAACAGCGCCUCCUGGUGUCUGUAGGGGGGAUCGAACCGGCCAACACUACCACAUCAGUUUGAAGAUGGCGGAGGGUGAAUUGAACGUGGACAGCCUCAUCUCUCGGCUUCUGGAAGUACGGGGAUGUCGCCCAGGGAAGAUAGUCCAGAUGACAGAGGCAGAGGUGCGGGGCCUCUGCAUCAAAUCCAGGGAGAUCUUCCUCAGCCAGCCCAUCCUGCUGGAGCUUGAGGCACCCCUGAAGAUCUGUGGUGAUAUCCAUGGGCAGUACACAGAUCUACUGAGGCUGUUUGAGUAUGGUGGCUUCCCUCCAGAGGCAAACUACCUUUUCCUGGGUGACUACGUGGACAGAGGGAAACAGUCCCUGGAAACCAUCUGCCUUUUGUUGGCCUACAAGAUCAAAUACCCAGAGAACUUUUUCCUGCUUAGGGGCAACCAUGAGUGUGCUUCCAUCAACCGCAUCUACGGGUUCUACGAUGAGUGCAAGCGCAGGUUCAACAUUAAGUUGUGGAAGACCUUCACUGACUGCUUUAACUGCCUCCCCAUUGCUGCUAUCAUUGAUGAGAAGAUCUUCUGCUGCCAUGGAGGGCUAUCGCCUGAUUUGCAGUCAAUGGAGCAGAUUCGCAGGAUCAUGAGGCCAACAGACGUGCCUGAUACAGGCCUGCUGUGUGACCUUUUGUGGUCAGACCCAGAUAAGGAUGUACAAGGUUGGGGAGAGAACGACCGUGGGGUCUCCUUCACCUUCGGGGCCGAUGUGGUCAGCAAGUUCCUGAACCGCCAUGACCUGGACCUCAUCUGCAGAGCCCACCAGGUUGUGGAGGAUGGAUAUGAGUUCUUUGCCAAACGCCAACUGGUCACACUUUUCUCUGCUCCAAACUACUGCGGGGAGUUUGACAAUGCAGGUGGCAUGAUGAGUGUUGAUGAAUCCCUCAUGUGCUCCUUCCAGAUCCUAAAGCCCUCAGAGAAGAAGGCCAAGUACCAGUAUGGUGGUGUAACUUCCGGUCGGCCAGUCACCCCACCCCGCACCGCCCAAGCCCCCAAGAAGAGGUGAACGUACAGCCUUGGCUCUCCCCCCUCCUUCUCACCCUGUCCGUCCCUGGUCUGCCAUCACGGCAACCCCUGUAACUCCCCUGUAUAGCGAAGAUACAGGGCUUAUCUAAUUGCCCAAAUCUUUCUCCUCUUUCUUCCCCACUCACCCACCCCCUCCCCACUCACCCACCCCCUCCCCAUCUCCACUGACAGCUCUUUUUCUUAAUGUGUAAGUGUACAUAAAUUUGCUGUGACCAAUCUGUUUUAUUUUUUUUGCCUGUUUGUUGGUAUUUUUGAUAUUAACAAAUAAUCUUUUUUUGUGUUUUUUUGUGUUUUUUUUGAGGUUCUGUGUCGUGUAAGGAAAUGCCUUCUCUGUGUAGAGGGGCAAAGCGCCUGAGUUAAAGGAAUUCUUUUUCAGUUUAACAAAAACACAGUAGAGAUUGAAAAUUGUUUUGCCUUGACCUCUCAAAAAACAGAGAGAAUCCUUCCAAUGUAAUUCAAUGAGACUGAGGUUUCUGUGCAAUGCAAAAAUCCGUAGACACAAAUAACGUUUCUCAUAUUCCACUUUAACAGUUUGAACACAUUAUAGCGUAUGCGGUGAACUUGCGGUUGUUGUGCACAUUUUAUAUAUUUAACCAUUGAACAAGCGCAUGUCCCCAUGAGUUGCAAAGGAUGAGAAGAGACCGGCGUGGAUGAAAUAUAGAGGCUAAAUCAGAUGCUGCUGGCAGUGGACACACUCUACCCGAACACAACGCCCUCUGGGCAUCGAUUCCUCCACUCUGUUAUGCCUCCCUGUGCUUCAACUCCACACCCACACAAAAACAUGCCGCUUCUUACACAGAGCUGGUAUUUACAUUUUCCUGGGUAUCUUUAUUAUUUGUUCUCAUCCAGAUAAUUUCCCCCCAUAUAAUCCUCUUGAUUUGUAGUGAACGAUGCUGAGAAUUUGUUAAAACGUUGUACCCAUGGAAAUUUCUUGCACAGACAUUUAACUAUGAGUCACUUAUGAUCAGUAUUUUAUCUGCAGACAUACUGGAUAAAUGGUGUACUAAAAGUGCUUAUAAAAUUGUCCUUUCCUAGUCUUUGUGGGAAGAUGCAGAUAAAGAUAUCUAUAUAUAGAAAUAUCUAACAGCACAGGUUGCAAUUUUGCAAGUGUCUAACAUAUCUAAGUAAUCCCGUGCAGUGUUAAAAAGACCAAAUAAUCAAAGUAAAUAAAAAGCAAGCUUCACAAAAUGCUCCACAAUAUUUGAAUUGUUUAGUGCAUAGUGAAGACAAUUUUUUUCUUGGAAGCUUUUUAGUAAAAUGCCAGCUAUCCUCCUUUCACAUCACCCAAUCCGUUCAAGCACAGUAAGAAAACUAGUGGUCAGGAGUGGGUGUCAGAACCAGGCCGUUUUGCUAUGUGAUAGUGAUGCCACCUGGUGUAUAAAUGCAGUAGUACAGUACAAAUUAGUACAAAUUAGACGACAAUUUCAAACUAGACAGGUACAGAAUGUUGUGUCAUUUACCAUGAGGAGGUACUUCAGUUCGACUGACCAGCGAAAGCCUGUUUGGCAGUUAAGUUCAGUUUACUACAAAUGAGAUGCAGUUGACCCUCUGUGGAAAACAGUUGCCUCUUUUGUUUUUUUGCUCUUUGUGGUAUUAUUCUUUCUGUUCUAUAUUCACAUGGUUCAUUUUUAUUCACUUAAUUUAUUUCCUAAUAAUGAUGAUAACAAAGAAUGAGAUGUUACCAAAAGCUGUUUUGCAAUUUGUACAUGUUUGUUUGAAAGUCUACAAAUUCAAUUAAAAUGGAUGGAAACCAAAA